AAAAUGUAUGUCAUGUGUAAAUAAUUACUCCGAUCAUAUUUUAUUUAUUUAUUAAUCUUCCGUAGAUAAUCCGGGCUUUUUGUGGCAUAAGCGCAAUUUCACUAUUCAAGUUUUACUUUUUAUUAAAUAAACUUUUAACAUUUGAAUUAGACACUUAAUUUGUAAUAUAGUAGAAAUGUUGAAAGGUAAUCCUAAUUUUUUAAAAAAUUUUUUGAAAACCUAGAACAAUAAAAAAAUUGGACUAGACAAAAAAGACUAAAAUUACCUGCGGAGUAAGUAAAGAUUGUCUACGGAAGGUUAAAUUAAAUUUAAAUACCAUUUCUUAUUUUAUUAUUUGUUUUUAGAAAUAUAAGAUACCAAAGAAAUUGUGCAAGAAUUAAGGAGUUAAAACGUCUUGAAAAUUGCUACGUGUUUAUGUCAUUAAUAUUGUUUUUUAUUUUUUUUAUUUUUUACCAAUACGAAAUUGAAUCCACAUAUGAUUAGCUUUAAAAUAUUAAAAAAUUAAUAAAUCAAAGCAAAGAAAGACAAGAUCGAUCCUAAGGGAAAUAUCCGUAGAAACAAACAAGAAAAACAGCAGCUUGGAAUUUUUCAGUUAUUUCGUUUGACGUGCCAAAAAUAAACAAAUGGUGAAAAUCAAUUUCUGAAUAUUGCAAUUGAUAUCCGAGAGAUUUAGGUACGGCAGAUUUACAUUUCGUCACUUUAAUUGUGAUUUUCGAGAAAUUAAGUCAAUUUUUGUUCGUGCCGGGUUAAGGGGCAACAUUCUCGACGUCCGGAGAGCAUUCUCGCAUUCUCCAUUCAUCCUGCCGUCGCGGGAUGCAACGGCGAGCGUCGGCCGUCUAAUAAUAGAAUGCCGGUGAUUCCGUAGACGUAUCAUGCGUAGCGGGCCCCUAAUAUAUGCGCGCGUGUAGGUGCGUGUAUUCCUCCCAAAAAAUAAACGCAACCCGACACGCGGAGGAGGCGGCGGGCGGGAAAGGGGGGAAGGUCGUAAGAAUGUGUAGCAGUAACUUUCACGGCGCCUGGUUGAGCAAUAUAUAUAUUCGGGAGAGAAGAUCUUUUAUUUCGAGAAAGACAUUACGCCGCUCGUUAAUAUUCCACGCAAUGCGUAUCUUUCUCAGUUCCACUUUCUCAUCGAGACGUCUCAGAUAUAUCUUUGGAAAUAUCAUCCUUUCGACAGUCCCAGAGAAAAGUUCCAGCGAUUUUUGUACUGACCAUCAAAGGUCACUCGAUCUUAUUUCAAGUUAAUUUAGUACUUCGGUACUUUAAUUUUUAAGCGCAGACCAAGCGUAGACUACGAGUUAAAAACUAUAUAUGCAAGAUGUAUCAAUUAUUACGCACUAUUCUCUGAUUUUAUAUAGUAAUUAAAAUAAAAACUGAUUGAUAUAUAUGCCAAAAAAGAAUAAACGUAUAUUAUUUCGGUAACAUAUAAGUAUUAUGUAUUUUAAUUUUGGAUACAACCAUACAUAUUACAUUGUUGUCACUAUUAUAAAGGCAGCAGGUUGUUUCAACUUCUUGGUAAACUUAUUUAUCAGAUAAACAUAUGUGUCCAUCUUCAUUUUUUUUCUUAAAUAAAUAAAAAGAUAAGUUUACUAAGGGGUUGAAAUAACCGGAAAUACUCCUAGAUCUGAUUUGAUUCAAUAUACUGAUGUCGAUACUUCUACAAUAAUUUAAUAAUAAUAAUUCCAAUGUAAAUGCAAACAUUCCAAAUUGUAUGAUACUAAUUGUAAGACAAUUUUAAUUACUGGUGCUUUUGGCGUUAAUUUUCUAGUAUUCUUUUGUUUGCAUUCCUUAAGCUUCACUCAACACAUUUUCAUCCUUCACGUGCGUGCAGAUCUAAAUAAAUCCUUAUUAUCUUCCAGAAACACGGGAUGCUCGAAUUAUGGGAUUAUGCGCGCAUUUCGCAGAAUCCUCGGGAAGCUCCAUUGGUCCGCGGGAUCGUUCACCCUCGCUCCGUCCGCCGUGGUGUCACUGUCAGUCCAUCAGUCGCGCUUCGUCCUGCGAUUGCGUCGCGUGCGCAAUUUGGCCUGUCGUCGUCUUCGUCGCCUUGCCUGCGAUCCUUCUCAGUGAGUUUUGGCGCGCCGCGCCGGCUGCUGCAUCGUCAGUCGCACGCUGGUCUCGUCCUGCCGCGCGCGUGUACCCUUCUCGUUUCUCGCUCCUCCGUCCGUUCGUCGGUCCCGCGAUCGUUCACCCUCCUCCUCUCGCGCGGCAAUACUUUCGGCGCCGAAAGAAGACGAUGCCAGUCGCGAUCGGCGCACGCUGGUGGACGCGCGGUCGCGUGGUCGCUCGCGGUACGACCCGUACGGAACGUCGUCCUCGUCGCGCGAUGUGACGCGUGAUGAUCGUGGUGCCGCGUCGCCUAAGCACCGAGUAUAGCCCGACAACAGCAACGCGGUAAAACGCUGUUCACGCUGUUGACGGUCCGACGAGUUGGAUCGCUCGGCGAGGGACGCCGCGCGGACGCGAUGGGCAGCGAGGCGGACGCGGAAGCCGCGACCGCCAACGCCGCGGACUUCGACGGCUCGGUUACCUGGGAGGACUUUUUCGGUACCAGCACGGAUUUGGUCCCACAACUACUGGGCAUGUUUGACGAGCUGGCGCGUCGCAGCGAUGGCUACGAAGGCGAUUGCAUGAUCUUACCAUCGUCCUGCGGCAUACCCGCGGUCCUGCAAAAGCGUCUGAGCAUGGUACCAGUUACUCAUCGAGGUUCCGUGUUUGGUCAACUCUGCACAAACGCUGACUUAGCCAAGCCUAUGCAUCAGGACGUGUUGCCGAAGAGCAAGGAGCAAGAAAACGAGUACGACGAGGUUGUUCCAGACGCCACCGAUAACAGCAUGUUGGAGACGGUUGUCUCGGCAUCGACGCUGGAGCACGAGGGAAACGGUGAAACCGUCGGGAAGCCGAUCUACGAGAGACGCGAGACCAACGGCCUCACUCCGCUCAGGUACAACAGGCGACGCAGAAACGGCGGUAGACCGCUCUCCGGAAGUUCCAUCGCGUCUAGCACGUCUUCCAGCAGCUGUAGCAAUCAGGGCAAUACCUCUGCCGCCAAUCCUUAUUUGGCGUCCGUCGAGUCCCUCGCCGACACCUGUGCCAGCUCCCAGGGUUCCGCGGACAGCGGAGUCGUCACGGUAUCGGAAGCUAGCUGUCGGAUCUUGAAUGAUGACAACGGACAAAGGAGGAACAGCGCCGAGGAAGAUCCUCCGUGCUACAGGCCGCGCUACUGCGAUCCGCAUCGCAAUCCCGUCGAGAGGGUGCUCCUCGAGAUCGUGGACACGGAGGCGAUAUACGUCGAGCAUCUGCGUCAAGUUAUUCAGGGCUAUCUCAUAUUCUGGAGAGACAAUCCGUCGUCGUUCGCGCAUCGGCUACGCCUCGGCGAUCUGUUUAGCAAUAUCGAGGAUAUCUUUGAAUUUAAUAGAGAAUUCCUGCGAGAGAUAGAGAAGUGCGGUCUGGAUCCCGUUUGCGUCGCUAAUACGUUUAUUAAGCAUAAUUCAGGAUUUAAAGUGUAUACCGAGUAUUGUACCAAUUAUCCGAGGACAGUCUCGGUGCUGACCGAUUUAAUGGGCCAGGAGGAAACUGCGUCUGCCUUCCGCGAACGACAGGCGGCUCUGAGGCACGCGCUGCCGCUCGGCUCCUUCCUUUUAAAGCCCGUCCAAAGGAUCCUUAAGUAUCACCUGCUUCUGGAUAAUUUAUCGAAGGAGUAUGACGCUGAUUGUGAUUCGAGAGAGAACGAGGCUGAAGGCAGAAGUGCCAUCGAGGCUGCGCUUGCCGCGAUGACUGGCAUUGCUAAGCACAUUAAUGCGAUGAAAAGGCGGCACGAGCAUGCCGUACGUGUCCAAGAAAUUCAAUCGCUUCUGUAUGGUUGGCUGGGACCAGACCUAACUACAAGUGGUGAAUUGGUCGCGGAAGGUCGAUUCAGGAUGCGAGGGGCCAAGGCCCCGAGGCACGCCUUCCUCUUCGAUCGAAUGCUUCUUCUGACGAAGAAAAAGGAGGAUGGCCUUCUUGUCUACAAAGCUCAUAUUAUGUGUUCAAACCUAAUGCUGAUUGAAAGUAUCCCAGGAGAGCCACUUAGCUUUCAUGUAAUACCUUUUGAUAACCCUCGGUUACAAUACACAUUACAAGCGCGCAAUUUGGAACAAAAGAGAGAGUGGACAUUACAAAUAAAGAGAGUGAUAUUAGAAAAUUAUAAUGCGGUUAUACCAUCACAUGCGAGACAAUUAGUAUUACAAUUGGGUCAGACGCAACAAGAAGUAGAUGACGCGUUGACGGAUAAAGGAUCGGCAAAGAAGCAUUCUGCCCCUCCGGAAUACUUAGAGAAGCGCAAGCAGGAGAGGGAAAGACGUAGAUCCGAAACUGGUCUGAGGCAGAAAUUCAAGAAAGGCGUCAGGAAAUCUGAUACUACGAUGGAGGAUUCACCUGCAUCAUCUCACAAAAAUGACAAUGAAGAUGUCAAUGACUCCAGGGAACAAACUUUCAACAGAUCUUCGGAUAUACGUACUUCGAAAGUUAAGGACCGAUUCACUGGUUGGAGACGAAAGUCCGAACCAGGCUUUCAGUCGUAUGUUUGUCUCGAUCACUCGGACGAGGAGCAGAAGGAAGAUACCGCUGGUGAAUCUCAAUCUACUACGAUUGAGACUGAAGAAGCAGCUGAGAUUCGUACCGAAGAGGUGAAUCAGACAGCAACGUUGAAUUCUUCACCACUGACCGAAACCAAAGACAAUAACAACGAACAACACGUUAAUUCGACACAAACAGUGGAGGAGAUCGUUGGUCACAUUCUCAUGCAGAAUCAAGAGUUCCAGAAGUUACUGGAGAAACAGAGGACCAGCAACAUCAUCAACAUGCGACAGCAACGGUUCAACAAACGUAUCUCAGCGGACACGUCGGAUGAGAGUGAUUCAGAGAACGCUAAUUACAUCAUCAGCUCGACUAACCAUAACAAUAAAUUAGGACGUACGCGGGCGAUGCAUCGGGAACAGCGAUUGAACAGGACAAACAACGCGUGGAAUUUAUUAUCCUCGGUACCAGCGCGCGAGAACCAGCAACCACUCCUCUACGACAAUUUAAAAAUUACUCAAAAAUCGACGGAGACGAUCGCGUAUAAUGGUAAGACGAACGAGAGACGAACGCUUUUUGAACCGUUCAAACGACAGAGCAUUGUCUCUGAAAGCAAAGUAAUCAAGACAGCGCUAUGUAUCCGCGAGAAUUCAACGUCGAUGGGCAAUGAAGAAACUAUCAUGUCGUCUCCGACAACAUGCAUAUUAAAUCACCGGCCACUGGAGCAAAAAGAGAUCAAUUCUAUGACAAUAACAGAACGCAUCGAAAAGGAUGGAUGCAACAAUGAGAGAAGUGACGUGAAUGAUAUCGGAAACGCUGAGUCCAAGGGCUUUGGCAACUAUGACAACUUGCAACAUGUCUGGGAAGGUCUGCAGACCGUAAAGGGCGAUGUCGACGGCAACGAUAGUCCGACUCGGCCUGCCGUUUGGCUCACAAAACUAUGCGAAGGCCUGCCUACAUCACCGCCUAAAUGCGGUUCGUUGCCACGCAGCUUCCAGAUUAGUCCGAACUCCCAACUGACGAGCGUGACAAAGUCGCGCUUCCUACAGCGGGACGGCAAGCCAAUGAGCGAGCGACCGUUCACAAUUGCGUCUGACAAACCAGCAGAGAUUAAUCUAGAAGACAUGGAGAGGUAUGCGUCCACGUGCCAACCGGAAGGUAGGAUUGCCAAGUUCCCUAUGCCUGCUGCUUCAACAGGAUCGUCGACCUUUUUCUGUUCGCUAGAAGACACACGAUUAACUGACGAUACUUAUUCCGACGUGCGAUCUAUAUCUGCCAGCGACAGUGCGAAUAUUCAUCCAGAUCACAAGAUCUAUCGGGCAAAUGGCAGCGGCAGUACGAUUUUUCGGAGUGUCUUCAAAGCGAGCAGUCGGUUACAAGGCCGUUUGAGAAAUACCAUGAGUACGGAAACGCUCGAAUGUAACGACGAGGUCGAACGUACACGCUAUUUCCGCUCAUUGAGCGGAGGCAAAUACCCGAAGAAGCGGACCAAGCAGACAAAGCAACACACAAGGGAACCAUCCUCGGAUGUGGAGGAGCUGAUGGGUUGCUCGAAUAAUCAACGGGUUCCUCAACUUUACUACAAGCAAGGUAGUUCUAGUCUUGGUGCUAGAAUUGCCCAGUCGGACUAUGCCGAUCCAAAGAUCCUUUUUGCCGAAAAUAAACGCGCGCAAACCUCUUCUGUUAAUAUUAAUCAGUCCAAGAAGAUCGUUGAGUUGGAGAGGAGAGACUGCAAAGACGAGACAGCUAACAACAAGGAUACAGAACAUCCUGAGAGUGAGACGGACAGCUUCUAUGAGAAAAGCUUCGAAACAAUCGAGAAUUACGCAGACGCUGACGUAGACGAGGCGUUCCGGGAUAGUGCAAUAUUUAGCGACGUCGACGAGGUAUUCGUUAUACGGCAGUCGACACCAGCAACAACGACAAAAACGACAACGAUGACAACAGCAACGUCAACGGCGAAAACGAAGAUUGCACCGCCAAUACCUGCCAAGAAGAAACAAGAGAUGUCGGCGAGGUACAAACCAAGCAUUGCGCAAAAACCGGAUUACUUGAAGAUAAAGUCGCUGUUGGCGAAGGGGCAUGCUGCUGGUGAUUCGGAGAGGGUUACCGCAAGAUUGGUGAACAUAACUCAUCAGUCACUGGAUGGUUCAUCGAAUAGUUAUAAUCGAAACAUUGAGAUAGAUAGAGAUAUUUCCGCGGGGCAGAGUCAGGCUGGUUGGGUACGGAAGAUAGUAGGUCAAUUGCAAGGUCACAUCGAGACGUGAUUUGUACUUGUGACUUGCCGGAUGAGGAUUAUGUCACAAAUCAAUAAAUAUCUUAAGUCAUAAUCGGCAUAAGUCAUGUGGAUAAAAGUGAAGCAAAUAUUCUUGUCAGAAGAGAAUAGAGAAACGCGAUGUUUUAAAUAAAUUGUUAGAUUAUUGAUUUUAUAAUAAAUCAUGCAAAUGAUAACUCCAGUUUACUUGAAUCACUCUGUAAUAAUACAAAAAUGCUAACUAGGAAAUUGGUUUCAAAUUUGGUAUAUAUCGCAAAAAAUCUUGUAACAAUUGAAAUAAUUUGAUACAAUCAUAUAUGCAUGUAAUUAAAGAAAAAAACUGUUAUUUUAACCAAAACAAAUUAAGAAAGAAUAAUUUAUUCGAAAUAUAUAUAAUCAAAAGUAUUUUUUAAUGAAAUAAUUCUUUAAAAGUAUUUUUUAAUAAAAUAAUUCUUUAAAAGUAAAAACAUUUGCUUCGCUUUAUUUAUAUAACUAUACCGUGAUGUUGGUAAGCUAAUUGGAGUCCUAUUUUAAUAGUUUUUCACAUGUGCCUGAAACAUAACAAUGACAUAACGUGAUACUAUUAUAUUAUAAUAAAUUUAUAUUUUAAUGUGUGGUUGAUGCGCGCAUAAGAGAGGCGCAUUACGUUCACGUUCAUCGUCGUAAGAACGUAAAAAGUUAAUAUUCAUUUAUAGACUGUUGUAUGUUAAGUAUUGUUUGAUAUUACUUAUGUUAUAUAGAACAAAAGAAACAGUUUUUAAUUAAACAAAAUAUUUGUAAAGCUAUUUAGCAUUGUGUUUAAUUGAAAAAAGUCAUCGGUUAAACUACAGUUUAAGAAAGAAUUUUGAAAACACAAGUUUUCGCGCGUAUGUAUCAUCCAAAUAAAUUUUAUUCUAAACUA